AUGAAGUCGACUUUGGUUGACAUCACGGACGAGCCCAAACUCUCGCUCCGCAAACAACUACGAGAAGAAGGUCUUGAGCUAACAUUCGAGGGGUGCUUUGUACGAUGGAUGCGAGACAAUCCUAAAUGCCCCCGAAAUUGGUCUACGCCUCGGAAAAUCUACGAUACUGGGCUUGUCUGCAUAUUGGACCUUUUUGUAACUGCCAGCAGCACCGCAGGCGCGGCCGCUGCAGCAAAAGCAAAAGAUGAAUACCAUUUGGAUUCAACCGUUGCAAUAUUUUGUUUCGUCACACUGUUUCUUCUUGGCCAGUCUUUAGGCAAUAUUGUGCUUCCUCCAUGGUCCGAGUCCUUUGGCCGGAAAAGGAUUUACAUAAUAAGUAGUGGCAUUAGCUGCAUAUGUUCCCUCGUUAUUGGCUUUUUACAUUCUCUACCGGGGGCCAUAAUCAUGCGCAUUCUCGCCGGAAUCUUUUCAGCCGUGCCAGGCACCGUUGUUGGCGGGACUAUAGAGGAUCUCUUUGACACAAGAGCUCGCAUUUGGGUCGUUUUCUUCUGGACAGUUGCGUCCAACAUUGGCUUGAUUAUUGGCCCGAUUAUGAGUUCUUUUAUUAUUGAAGCCCUCGACUGGCGAUGGGUUUUCUAUGUCUACGCCAUUAUCCUUGCCGGUAUUACUGGCUUUUUAUGUUUCAUCAAAGAAUCACGAUCAGCAUGCGUUCUAUCUAAUGAGGUAAACCGGUUGCGACGAGUUAUACCAGAUAUACCACCACCGCUCAAUCACGACCAUUCCCCGGAUUUGAAAACCUUCGUCACAGAAUCUCUCUUCAGGCCCGCUCAGCUGUUUUUCCGAGAGCCCAUCAUUUUCACUAUUUCCAUGAUGAUCUCAGUCGCUAUGUCUCUCAUCUACAUUUUUACGGAAGCUCUACAGCCCAUAUAUGAGUCUAUGGGAUUCUCCGCAUCUCAAGCCUCCUUGAUUUUCAUGGCUAUUGGUCUGGGUACUUGUGUCAGCACUCUCACCCGAAUCCUGGACUGCUACAUCUACAACCGUCGACAAAGCCGAAAACUACCUAUAAAGCCCGAACACAAGCUCGCGGGACUAGCAAUUGGCGCGCCAUUUUUGGCAAUCGGACUAUGGUGGUUUGGGUGGACGAUUCCACCCAAGGUCGAAGGGCCAAAUGUACCAUGGAUCGUCCCAACCCUUUCGUUGGUCCUGGUCGGGUAUGCUCUGACAGAGCUAGAUACCGUUUUAUACGCCUAUAUAUCGGAUAGCUAUCUGAGCUACUCAGCAAGUGCUACCGCCGCGGUCGCGGUUAUGAGAGGCUUGCUUUCUGCAACCUUCCCGCUGUUCACAAAACAGAUGUUUGGCAAGUUGGGAGCCAACAUUGCUGUGUCAAUAUUGGCGACUAUAGCAACGCUGUUUUGCAUUGUUCCACCUUUGUUUCUCUGCUAUGGUGAAGCGAUCCGGCGGCGGAGUAAAUUUGCGAAGUAUAGUUGGGAGAUACAAGACGAGAUAGGGAAAGAUGAAGAUGAUAUUUAG